CGAUAAUGCAAAACAUUGAUCUCUGGGAAACGUCGCCUCAAAGCGCCCACAGCAUUGCUUGUAGUCACCCUCUCAACUGUUAAAGUAACAUACCGCUAUAUGAGAUACCAGGGACUGCACACGUUCAAGAUUGGCCCAGGUGUGUAACACCUUUAUCAGUGAAGGGCGGCAACACGGAAAUCCUACAGGGACACACCUGGUCAGAAUGACACCAAACGGAGUAUUAUCAGCAGCGAAACGUAGGUCAUAGAUGUCACGUGACUAAGUGAUUUGAUAAGGACAUUCACCGAUCCUUUCAAUCCCUCGUCCAUCGCCUGGAAAUAUGGGGAGCUUAUUCUCCAGCGAGGAGACGGAGAAAGAGAAAAUACAGAAACAACGACACAAGUACAUUGAAUCAAGGCUGAGAAGAGACAAGACCGUUAUAAACAAGAAACAUAACGCCGAGGCGGGGAAUUCAGAUAUUACAAAUGGCGGCACCAAGAGACCCGGGAUUGACAGGAGUGGAUUCAGUCUUGACGAGGUCGACCACAAAGCUUCGUGCGUUGAUCCCAAGGAUUACGAAUUCGUCUUCGAGAACAUUGUGUUCGAGGGGGGUGGGAACAAAGGGCUUGCCCACUGUGGAGCACUGAAGUACCUGGAGGAGAUUGGCGCUCUCCCCAACAUAAGGCGGAUGGCUGGGGCAAGUGCUGGAGCCAUGGUGGCCUGCCUAGUAGCCGUCGGAUACCGUUGGUACGAGAUCGAAGACUUCUUGGGACAAAAUCUUGCGGAUAUAUUUCUAGAUCACACGUGUGGUUACUGCAGUCUUCUCCCGAACCUGCUCAAGAACUAUGGAUGGAACCCUGGUAUGGGGAUCUAUGAGUGGUUCGGUAACAAACUGAAAGAGAAAACUGGCUCAGCUGAUAUCACAUUUGAACAGCUGAGGAGUAGGUAUGGCCGCGAGCUGUGCGUGGUCGUGACCAAUUUGAACCUGAUGAACACCGAAUAUUGCCACCCAAAAACUACUCCGGAUAUGCCACUCAGACUCGCUGUGCGCAUGUCCAUGUCCAUUCCAGGGAUGUUCACUGCCACCAAGUACACGUUGUACGGGGAGACUGACCUGUUUGUAGAUGGGGGCAUACUCUGCAACUACCCCAUCCAUUGUUUUGAUGGCUGGUACCUCUCCAUGGCGCAAGGAGACAGUUUCAUCCAAAGACUUCAGCCUCUCAGUGAUCUACCGCGUCUGUUCGAUAGGAAGAACAGAUUCGGUGACUACAACAACAAAACCCUCGGGUUGCUACUGUACGCUGACACCGAGAGAGACGUACUGAGAUACACCCUGGAGAAGAGGAUCGGCGUCCUGGCACCCGAGAGGCCGUCGGCGGACACCAAGCUGUAUAUACAACGGAUGAAGAAACAAAAGGACAUCGAGAAAGCUGAGAGGGAACACUGUAGAGUGGUGAGGGCAGUGGAUGCCUUCUUGAAGGUGCUGAAGAAACAUAAUUUGGACGACAAUGAUGUCAUAGAAAGAACGGAGCUUGAAGAUGCUUUUAAAGACGAAGAAGCUUUUCCUCGGAGUGAGGCUGAAAUCCUUUUCGGCGAGGAUGUGGAUGUACAGAAGGCGUUUGAAAUCCUCGACCAAGAUGGAAACGGACAGAUCAAGUAUAACGAGCUCGUGACUUUCAUAGAGGAACACGGCAUUUGUCUGCAGACCCGUUUCCUUGGCUACCAGAGAAAGGAAGUCAAGAACCUAUUCACGUUCUUGGACUGCCUCCAGUCGACUUUACUAACGAACGUGAAGAGGAUUUAUGUGGAGGAGAGAGACAUCGGACGUACGGUGGGCAUAAACACUGGCCAUGUCGGCACGUCUGACUUCAUCCUUGAAGAAGAGGAUCGGGAGUUUGUGGUGCAGAGGGGCUACAACUCAUGUCGAGCGUUCCUACAGUAUUUUGUGGUGGAGAAUAACCCACCUAUGAAAAAGACAGCACAGAUUUGUGAAGACGGUAACGUUGACAAUGAUCAGAACCACGUAGAAUUGGAACUCAAGGCCGAGGAGACGGUCAUAAGCGACAAGGACGAGAAGGAGAGGCUCCUGUUGGGUGACACGUGAGGUUUUGGGAUCAGAAGACACCUUUCACUUGACACCUGAUCUUCAUAUAUGUCUCAACAGGCAUCUAUCUGCCUUGCUGUCUCACUUGGAACACUAUGAUACGAAUACCCAAAUUAAUGCAUUUUUAUGUUUGCAUAUUUGAUGAAUUAAUUCACGAGGUAUGAAACGUUUGCAGCAUAUAGUUUCAUACCCACGCCUUGUGCACGUAUCUGUUUAAAGAUCUAAUAUUUCUUGGUAUUUGGAUGUCAACCUGAUGUAAAUUCUGGUUCUGGACCCCUGACACAACCUACGUAAGACACGUCUUUAUUACCUGUGUAAGACACGUGUUAAAUACGUGUCUUAGACACGUGUUUAUUACCUGUGUAUUGACAUUUAAGUAUAUGUUUAUUAGCUUUGAAUUGUAUUUUGACCAUCUACAAAUGGUGUUUUUUGGUACCCAUUUAUUGUAUCUGAGACUAUUUUCAAAUGUGUGUUUGGUACCUCUGCUUUGUAUUGGAAGCCAUUUUCAUGUAUAUGUUUAGUUCAGUGUCCACCGCUUGUACCAACAUACUCAGAUACUACUUCACCGUAUCGUGACUGAGUGAGAUUAAGCGACGUUCAAACAGCACUUCCACAAGACCGACAGGGAGACCAAACCUGGGUUACUUUCGUUCAUCCAUUUGGGGAGUUGACCUUGACUCUUCCAUGAUGAAGUUGAACCACUAGGUGGUCCUGUCGCCGUCUUCAUGCUGUUGCCAUCUAUUGUGUAGGGAAGCGACGAAAUGUACGAGAAAACAGACGUCUUCACGACGAUAAAAUACCAAAAUAUAUUUCCAUUCAAAGAAAUUCCAGUUUUUACUUCUCAGGCUGUGUUUUGUUCGCCACAUUUAAGUGUAGAGACUUUAUGUUGCCAGAUUGUUUCAUCAUUCUCAUCAACACUGUGGUUCCAUCCUGUCGUACUUUGUGACUAUUGCAAGCAAAGUGAAACGCCAGUUAUCUACACAUGCAGGGCCAUGGACGUGUUACUGAAUAAUUGGCAAUACUACCGUUACGGCCAAAAUUUCUGAAGUCUCUGGUUAAUGGAUUCCGCUGAUCCUGAAAUAAUUAAAAUGGAAAAAAUAUAUAGUCUAAAUGUGAAGUAUCAUCACAAAUAAGUGAGGCAAAUUUCAUGUAGCAUCAUCAUUAUUUCAUCCCUAUAGCAACGACCAUCGCUUAAAUUCUCAUGAUACCAACGGGAGGAGGUUAGCACUACACACAUUAUUCAGAUAUUUGUUGACAAUGAGAAACAAAGAACUGAAUUAUAUAUAUGCACUAUCUACCAACCAGGUUUUUGUUCCUUAACAUAAUUUCUAAGCAGAUGGGUCAACUGUCGCUGGACGGUGAAAGAAGUUUUUUAUUACUCUAUUUUUUUCUGACGUAUGAUGUUUAAAAAUAAUACGAAGCUUUACAGACGAAGCAUUACACUGGAACUUCUUUAAUCCGGACCCUGUAAAUCCGGACUCGCCGCAGUUAACCUAUCGCCAGUUUGAUAGGUCGGACAGGGUUAGAGUUGUCAUACAAAAUGGCAGAUUGUGUCGGACUUCCUGAUUGGUCAAUCAUGUUGGUUGAUUGACAGGUCGUGAGAACCUAAUUCAGACGAUUGCGUAAUCAGAGACAUUUGUACGUAUUUACGACACGUAAAUGCAGGCAUCGAGUAACGUUUUCGUCCAGAUUAACGGGUAUACACUGUGCACAGUGUACACAUUCCAUUUUAGUGACCAAGUAUCAAGAAAUAAAAAAGUGAAAUACGAUGAGGAUUGAUAUCUGAAAUAGACAGUAAAAAUAUAUUGUGUUUAAUUUCCAAGCUGUAUAUUUUAACACUGCUUUGUAGUCAUCAGAUACCACGUAAAGCUGCUUCAACUGAAUUGAACUCUUACUGUUCUUUACAUAUCAAUUAUAUCUUGUGUCAUGCAUGUCCAUUUUACGUUUUAAAAUGACAAAACUCACGUUGUUAUAUCAAAGUUAUUGUUAUUGAAAUACACCGCAAAACAGAGGUACACGUUCUUCGCAAGUUAAUAUAGGGAAGGGUUGACUUAUAGGUACCCAUCGAGAGCUAAAAGAGGUUUUCUUGUUCGUGUCAAUGUCGGGGAGUUCUCUUCUUGCACAGCUUUCUUUUGGCAGUGAAUGACACUUGUGUGUGCAAGAAGGGGCUUCCUUUGAAUUGGAUUUACGACACGUGUCCAAUCCUUGUAUGUGUUUGUUUGUUGUUUAACACCACAUCCAGCAAUAUCACAGCUUUGUUACGGCGGUUAGUUAAGAAACUAGACUGGACCAGUGGUUGAUAUGAUGAGCACAGUAACGCGCAACUGGGAUACGAUGUAUCAGGCAUUUAACCAGACGAUUCCGUUCAUUGCCUCUUACCAGCAUGGGAUGCUGUUGAUCACGGGAUUGUCUGGUCCAGACUCGAUUAUUUACAGACCGCCGCCAUAUAGCUGAGUGCGGCGUUAAACAACAACUAAUAAAUAUAACAAGCAUGGCUUGCUGAAGCCCAAUUCUGACCCGGAUUUAUUACGGAGCCACUCUAUUUUUAAUUCUAAUUUGACUUUGUUCAACACAAUCGAAUUUUGCUAACACGACUUUUUACGUGUUAUUACACUGUAUAACGAGCUAUGUCAUUAAUCUUAGUUUCUGCGCUGUCUGCAAUGUGAUGGUUUUCACUGAACAAUCAAGAUUUGAUAUGGUUUUGCCAAAUCUGUUUUCUUUGAAUAAAUACAAAUACAACUUC